UGUGAUAACAUAAUUUUAAGAAGUCGUUUAGGUAUUUUGUGUUAUUACUAAAUUUAUUUGAAAAAAGUAUACAAUCAAUCAAUCUCAUUUUAUGCUUCGACGCGAAUCAAUUAACUGUAGGCUUACUGAUAUUUCAAUCUUUAAAAAAUAACAAAUUAAAUUUGCUGGAGAUGUAUGGAAAUGGUAGUGCAAGGUAGAGGGGGAAGAGGUCGACCGAAGAAUACAUGGAUGGAGUGUGUCAAUGACGAUAUGAGAGAGAGAGAGAGGAGUGAGUGUCGAGAUGACGGCUGAUAGAAGAGAAUGGAAGAGAAAAAUUAGCUGUGCCGAUCCCGCCUAGUGGGAUAAGGUGGAGAAAGGGUAGACAAUAUUUUACUGCGAGUUUUUAAAUUAACUGCGCAUGCGUAAGGCCAUGACGCAAUUCGCAUACAACGUGAAAUGAUAAAAAAUAUUUUAUCGACAAUCCGAUAAAACUGUUGAUAAACUCCAAAAAGUGCUCCGUCGAAAAUGUCUAUAAUUAUUUACCAAACAUCGGUCAGUCCACCGGCCAGGUCUGCACUUAUGGUCGUAAACAUUCUCGGUAUCAAAGCAGAAACGAGAGAAGUGACUUUACCAAGAAGAGAUCACUAUUCGCAGGAAUAUUUAGAGAAGAACCCUCUACAUACAGUACCGAUUCUUGAAGAAGAUGAUCUGGUGAUUGCCGAUAGCCACGCUAUUAUAACGUACUUAGUAUCGAAGUAUGGUGAGGAGAAACACGAAAGCAUGUACCCUAAGGACUUGAAAAUACGAGCGAUAAUCGACCAAAUGCUGUACUUCGACGCGACCAUUCUAUUCCCCAGAUUGAAAACUGUGAUAUAUAGUGUCGUUAGGGGACAAGGUAUGUCGCGACAACAAAUCGCAGAUAUCCAGGAAGCGUACGACGUUUUAGAAAUAUAUUUGAGUAAGAACAUUUUUGUGGCUGGCAAUGAAUUCACGGUUGCCGACAUUUCGUGUGUUGCUACUCUAUCGUCGCUAGACUGUGUGUUGCCAGUCGAUAAAAAACACGUAAAUGUUAACAGAUGGUGGGCUACAUUAAGCAACGAAAAAUGGUAUAAGGAAGUUAAUGUACCAGGUCUAGAGUUAUUUAGAAGUUUUAUUAAACAAUUCUUGAAGUAAUAAAACAAAUUUAUUUUUA